AUGUUCCCCGAGAAAGAAUUGGAACCUAUUGAGGAGAACGAUCCUGAUUACAUGGGUGAGGGCGACGAAGAUUUCACCGAUGAUGAUAGCGAUGAAGAUUACACCGAUGAUGAUAGCGAUGAAGAUUACACCGAUGAUGGGAGCGACGGAGAGAAUUCGGAUGAAUACGACGACGAGGAAGCGGAUGAUUACGAUAGCGAGGAUAUGGUUGAUUACGGUAAGGAGGAUAUGGAUGAUUACGAUGACGAGGAUAUGGAUGAUUACGAUGUCGAGGAUGGGUAUGAGGAUGACGAUGAGAAUGUAGAUGAGCAUAUGGAGUCAGAUGACUAA